GGGGCGGCGCUUACUGCGGCCUUUAGAGAAAAAAAACCCCGAAGCCACCUAGAUUUUUUCAAUGGAAACCGCCCAGGUUUAUUCUAUGCAUUAUUAAAUAAUUUACUUUACAAAUUAUAUCUCGAACACUGACAUCUCUAUAGACGGUGUUAUUGUUUCCAGAAGCGAUUCAAAAGGAUUAAAGCAGCAAUGGAGGAGGUCCAGCAGAAUAACCGUAAUGGCUCUGAGUCCCAAACCAUUGCCAUCCCCACAACUAUAACUGCCUCCCACAUAUCACAGAUUGCACAGAUGUCUCUGGGUGGGAAUCCAGUGACUGUGGUUCAGCUGCCCAGCGGUCAGUUCCAGGUUCAGAGUGUGAUUCAGUCAGCGCAGUCAUCGGUUAUCCAGUCUCCACCGGGACAAGCACAGGGUCAAGGAUCUGAUAGUGAUGAUUCUCAGGAUUCAAGCGACAGUGGAGCAUCUAACCAGAAGUCAAGAGAGAUCUUGGCUCGGCGCCCAUCCUACAGGAAGAUUCUAAAUGAUCUAUCAGCUGAGGAAGUGGCAACUCAGAACGAGGGAGAAGAGGAUUGCUCCACCUCUUCUGCCAUAACAAGUGUUUCACUUCCUACACCGAUCUACCAGACAAGCACUGGCCAAUAUUUUGCGAUUUCAUCCAAUGGCUCUCUGCAGCUGGCCAGUACUGGUUCAGAGGGUGUACAAGGCCUGCAGACUCUCACCAUGACCAACUCGAACCCAACCCAGCCAACUAUACUGCAAUACGCUCAGACCGCCGACGGACAACAGAUUCUGCUGCCUAGUAACCAGGUGGUGCUCCAAGGUGCAGGGGGAGAAAUGCAAGCUUAUCAGAUCCGCUCUUCUUCCUCCUCGCUGCCUCAGACUGUCGUCAUGACAUCACCCGUUAUCAGCUCUCAGGGCAAAAGCAAUGACCCGCAAAUGAAGAGAGAGAUACGCUUGGCGAAGAACAGGGAGGCAGCCAGAGAGUGUCGCAGAAAGAAAAAGGAGUAUGUGAAGUGUUUGGAGAACCGUGUGGCUGUCCUGGAGAAUCAGAACAAGACUCUUAUCGAGGAGCUCAAGACAUUAAAGGACCUGUACUGUGUUAAAACUGGCUAGUGGGACAUCCAUUCAAUCAUGCUAAUGGGACUUUGCUGGCAGACCUGUCUGCCUAUGUGCUUAUACAAACACAGACACAGGGACUUUUUUUUUGACAAAGGGGAUACAUUAAAUCCUCAUGUCAAGUGCUUGUUUUUAUACAACUCAUUUUUUAACUACAGCAUAAGAAUAAUUGACCAGAAACAACAGCAAUUAUUAUGCUUUUCAGAAUAGAUGGAAAGAGGGUAACGCUGUUCCAUUAACAUUUUUAUUUGCAGUCAUAAGAUGUUUAUAUUUGUGUAUGUAUCUUGUGCAAGCAUUGGCACGUCUACACUGGGAGAUCUUGCUUUAUUCUUGACCCAUUUGGUUUCCAGGGAAUAUUGAAUGUUAAUUUUAUUGAAUAGCUGAAUUUUGCUUUAUCCAAAAUAGAAGACUGGUAUUUUUACACCUGAUCUCAGAUGCGCUUGUAUGUAUGAAAAUUGUGAUGCAAUUGUGUUUUUCAUGAAGUCAUGCAAGCUGCGUUCUUUGCUUUUUUGCUAUUUUCCCCUUAGAAAGCUCUGGUAUUCUUAUCCCCAUUCCGUAUUUUAUUUUAGUGAGUUUUAGGGAGACAUUUUCUACAGAGACUGAAGCAGAAUUUAAGGUGAGGACUUUCAGCUUUACUAUUAUGGAAAAGAUGAAACAGCGGUAGGUUCAUUUAAGGCUUAUUCUAGAUUGAUAGACAAAAGUCCUUUCUAGUCCAGGUCUUUGUAAUAAGUCUGACCGGUCUUUAAGCCAUGUACACUCUUGGGUUGGGGCCGUUGUUGGUUUUAGCAGAGUAAUAGGCCUGAGGCUUUACCACUGUAUAUAAGCCAAGCUGUUAAAAGACAAUCAAAUCAGGGAGUACACGAUGAAAAAGACAGUCACUUGUUUUUGCUAAAGUGAAUCUAAAUAAAUAUUUUUCCAGCCUU